AAACCACAUGCUGACUGUCAAUUGUUAUCAUUUUCAAUUUGUGUGAUCUAUUAAGCAUACAGCACUAGAAAAAAAUGAAAUUAUUCAUCGUGUGUCUUAUGGUUGUGAGCCAUACAUUGGCAGCACCUGGAACUCAAAAACGUGACAUUGAUAUCUAUACGUAUCAUCAUUUACCUGCCAUUCGUCAGGAAACAACGACUCACUACUGUCCCGAGGAAGAUAUACUAGCAAAAUUCGUCCCAGAACCACCACAUAUCCAAAGUUUCCCACUUCCUUCUCUUCCAAAUCAUAUUGUUAAAUAUGACGUUCCUAUUCCACUUCCUGUAGUUCCAGUUCAUCACGAUAACUUCCCACCGCCUCAAUUUCAUCAUGAAUUUAUCCCACAACUACCAACGCGUCAAGAAUAUGUAGAACCAAAUGAACCUGUUGUGCCCCAUGACACUUAUGGAGAACCCUUCCCAGAAUAUGGACUUCCAGGCAUUAGACAGGAAACCCCACCUCCACCUCCUCCAGAGGAAACAACCUUACCCCCACCCCCACCAGAAACUUCAACUUUACCCCCACCCCCUCCAGAAGAAACUACAACAUUCAUCCCACCAACAGAACCCCCAACCACAACAACAACUCAGAAAACAAAAUGGCAAAAAAUAGUCGAGCUCAAGCAUCAUCUGAAGCAACAUGUUAAGCAACAUCUUAUAGACAACAUCAAGCUUCCAGAAAUUCAAUAUCGCACACCAGCUUUUGUUGUCUCAAAAAAGGUUGAACUUCCAUUCCUUAAAAACUGGUUCAAUGGACAACAAUAA